AUGGCCCAGGCCGAUGGCGUACAACCCGAGAGAUCAAUGGAGUCGCGCGUAGGCCGAGCGAAGCAGAGAUACGGCCCCAACGGCGAAAGACUAGUAGCAGGCGUUGUCCCCGUCUCCACCGACCGCACCCAAGUCCUCCUCAUCCAAUCCUCCGCGCGCAAAGGCUGGGUCCUCCCCAAAGGCGGCUGGGAAACCGACGAAUCCACACAAGAGGAAGCAGCGUGCCGCGAAGCGUGGGAGGAAGCGGGGAUCGAAUGCAGCAUCGUGCACGACUUGGGCUCCAUCGAGGAGCGGCGGCGCAGCAACAGCGACGACGCGAAGGCGCAGAAGAAUGGGAGUCAUAAAAAUGGUAACGGGGGGCCGGGCGCGAUGUACAGGUUCUACGAGGUGCGGGUGCAGGAGGAGAAGGCGAGCUGGCCGGAGGCGCAUAAGAGGGAGCGCAUGUGGAUGAGCUAUGCGAAGGCGAAGGAGGCGCUGAGGGAGAGGCCGGAGUUGUCCGAGGCGCUGGAGAGGAGUAGUAUCAAGCGGUAG